AUGGCUCUCCGCGGGACCCUCCGGCCGCGCAAAGUUCGCGGGAGGCGAGACAUGCUGCCGCAGCAACUUGGCUUCGUGUGCGCGGUGCUGGCCCUGGUGUGCUGUGCGUCCGGCCUCUUCAGCAGCUUGGGACACAGAACGGCUUCUGCUGGUAAACGAGUUCUACCAGACACGUGGCGAAAUAGAAAGUUGAUGGCACCAAUGAACAGCACUCAGCCGGCUAAGAACUGCACAGAUCCUGCGAUUCACGAGUUCCCCACGGACCUGUUCUCCAAUAAAGAGCGACAGCACGGAGCAGUCCUGCUGCACAUCCUCGGUGCUCUGUACAUGUUCUACGCCUUGGCCAUCGUGUGCGAUGACUUCUUCGUUCCGUCCCUGGAGAAGAUCUGCGAGAAACUCCACCUGAGUGAGGACGUGGCCGGAGCCACCUUCAUGGCUGCCGGGAGCUCAACACCAGAGCUGUUUGCCUCUGUCAUUGGCGUGUUCAUCACCCACGGAGACGUCGGCGUGGGGACCAUCGUGGGCUCGGCGGUGUUCAAUAUCCUGUGUAUCAUUGGCGUGUGUGGUCUGUUCGCUGGCCAGGUGGUGCAUCUGACCUGGUGGGCCGUGGGCCGUGACUCUGUGUACUACACGCUCUCUGUCAUUGUGCUCAUUGCGUUCAUAUAUGAUGAAGAAAUUGUGUGGUGGGAAGGCUUGGUGCUCAUCAUCCUGUACGUGUUCUAUAUUCUGAUCAUGAAGUACAAUAUGAAGAUACAAGGCUUUUUCACAACCAAACAAAAGAGCAUUGCAAAUGGCAACCCUGUCAACAGCGAGCUGGAAGAUGGUAAUGACCCCUAUGAUGGUAGCUAUGACGACCCUUCCGUGCCAUUGUUGGGGCAAGUGAAGGAGAAACCACCCUAUGGCAAGACCCCCGUAGUGAUGGUGGAUGAGAUCCUGAGCUCCAGCCCUCCCAAGUUCACCUUCCCUGAGGCCGGCCUACGCAUCAUGAUCACCAACAAGUUUGGGCCAAGGACCCGGCUACGUAUGGCCAGCAGGAUCAUAAUUAACGAGCGGCAGAGGCUGAUCAACUCCGCCAAUGGUGUGAGCAACAAGCCGCUGCAAAACGGGAGACAUGAGAACAUUGAGAAUGGAAAUGUUCCUGUGGAAAACCCUGAGGACUCGCAGCAGGACCAGGAGCAGCAGCCGCCACCACAGCCGCCACCCCCAGAGCCAGAGCCAGUGGAGACAGUCUUUCUGUCCCCCUUUUCCAUGCCUGAGGCAAAAGGCGACAAGGCCAAGUGGGUGUUUACCUGGCCCCUCAUCUUCCUUCUGUGCGUCACCAUCCCCAACUGCAGCAAGCCCCGCUGGGAGAAGUUCUUCAUGGUCACCUUCGUCACGGCCACGCUUUGGAUCGCAGUGUUCUCCUACCUCAUGGUGUGGCUGGUGACAAUUAUCGGCUACACGCUUGGGAUCCCCGACGUCAUCAUGGGCAUCACUUUCCUGGCAGCGGGCACAAGUGUUCCAGACUGCAUGGCCAGCCUAAUUGUGGCAAGACAAGGCCUUGGUGACAUGGCGGUCUCUAACACUAUCGGAAGUAAUGUGUUUGACAUCCUAGUGGGACUUGGCAUUCCAUGGGGCCUUCAGACCAUGGUCAUUAAUUAUGGAUCCACGGUGAAGAUCAACAGCCGAGGCCUGGUGUAUUCCGUGGUGCUGUUGCUGGGCUCCGUGGCUCUCACAGUCCUCGGCAUCCACCUUAACAAAUGGCGGCUAGACCGGAGGCUGGGGAUCUACGUGCUGGUUCUCUAUGCCAUCUUCCUGUGCUUCUCAAUCAUGAUAGAGUUUAACGUCUUUACCUUCGUCAAUUUGCCCAUGUGCCGAGAAGAUGACUAAAGCUGAGCCACUGCCCUGAGAGCGGCGACGGCCACCCUGUGACACGGGCCUCCUCUCUCCGUCUCUCCUUCCCCACCACAGGUCUCUCCUGUCUUGGCGGCCACUCUGUUCUUUCAUGAGCUGCAAGGAGGGGCCGCUGUGGUCCCUGUGCUCAUGGGCCAGGCUGCUGGGCGACCGCCCCUGGACAGCAGGGUCCAGCCAUUAUUUGAGUAGCUCUGCAGACCCCCGGCUACCAGCUGCGGGGAUGUAAGUGUCUCCUCUCUCUUGCACACUUUGGUCAAAAGGACUUCUGGGUGUGAUUUUUCUGUUACAUGGGCAUCUUUGGAAACGAAUCAGUCGGAGAGCUUGAAGAGUCCUGGAAUGAGUGCAGAACAGGACUGUUGUUGACAAGUGUCACCUCUGGGCUGGAGGAGUGAGCUCCUUAGGUGUUUUAUGUCACCAAGAGCCCCCAACUCUUCUGGAAGCACUCACAGCUUGGAAAGAACAAGGCAUCUGCCUGCUGGGGUUGGAGACCAUGGCGGCAGACACAGGAGACAUAGGAAGAAAGGACACAUUAUUUUUUCCUUCCCAGCCAAAGAGAGAAAAAGCAAGCAAAUACUGUUAUCCUCUUUAUUGAUACAGAGAGUGAGGAAAAGAAAUAUUAAAAUAAAACACCAUAUAUAGAUCGUCAUACUUGAAAAAAUCUCAUUCCACACAAAAGGAUCAUGCGGGGGACCAAAAAGGUAACCCCUCCAGGAAGAAGUGAAUCCUGUGUGUGUCAUCUCACAUUGGCUCUUUGAGACAUUUGGUAUGGAACAAAGAAAAAGGUGGGAAAAGGUGCUAACUCAGACACGGUGGGGACGUAGUUACAGCUGCACAUUCCAGAACUUCCGUAGGAGGCCACGCACCUUCUGUUCAGGUUUGUAAUUUCUCUGUUAGUGCUCUACUCCCAAAACCACCCUGCUGAGAGUCCCAGUUGUUUAUACACCCAGCAGAUUUCAGAGGCGAUGGUCAAUGACUUCCUGAGAAACAACGGAUUGCUCUCUGGUUAGCUGAAGCCAAAUAUGGAAACCAUACCUUAGGAUUUUUAUAGCUAAGUUUCUCAAACCUUAUAGUUUGCUACAUAUGUGAGGCCAGGGAUGGAAGAUGGAUUGGAAAACAGAAAAACACGAAACAAUGCUUGACUACUCUGUAACGCUAAAAUAUACGCUUAAUGGAUUUGUGAAUUAUAAACCAUUCCUGGGUUCUAAAGAGAAAGCACAAAUUAAUUUUAUAUAGAGUGGUUUUUUAUUUUUUUAAUGUUUCUAUUGCAAAAGUCUAUCAGAGAUGAUGCACUUUUAACACUGAGAUAUUUUGCACGUUAGAAGGCAUGGGAAUGACUAAGGAUGAUGUGAGAAGAAAGGCUUUCAACGAUUCACCAGAAAUUGCUUUAAACUUGGUGAUGAGUCUUAACCCCUUCUGGACCCACGUUGGAAUUUUUGGUGACACCCUUUAAGGCCUCCUGAAUUUCAAAGGAGUAGGUGUUCAAGCCUGUGUCCUUUUAAGUUCCCUUCAACGCAAACAGCGAUGGGACCUCGUGCCCUUCACCAGCCUUCCAUUUGGGGCUCGCAUCAGUAUUAGUAGCUAUACCUGCAUCAAAGCUUUGCUUUUUGUUCAUCUUCCUAGAUUCUUGGCUCAGUGAUUCUCAGAGCGGGGCAGUAGGAUGUUCAUAAGAACUAGCAAAGCAGGAGAGGAAGGAGCCACAGGUGUGGCAGUACGGAAUGAGCCGAAGGGACAGAGCUGCUUUGUGUCCUAAUAGCAUAGUUCACCUCUGCACCUAUGGGCGGGCGCACGCACACACACAGACACUCACACACACAGACACUCACACACAUGCACACAAUGACUCCGUUCAUAGGCACGCAGGCUCCAAGUGCUCCUGUCUCCCCUUUGAUUCUCUAACAGCUCUGUAAUAUGUAAAUAGGGGCUGUUCUUCAAAUUUCAUCAGCAGUUGAGUCUCAGAAUCAUCAAGUGGCUCUAGUUUGGUGUCAGUUAUGUGGCAGAGCUGGGGCCAACAGUUGCCCGUUGAUCUUCCCAGCUCACCAGUACAUGGGGCUGACCGGCCUUGGAGUAAUUGUGUGAAUGUGACUUUGCCCUUGUGGUCGGAACUUAUUGCUUAAGACAAACCCUCAUCAACUCACUGACCUCUGAGUUUUCCAGAUCGCAUACUAGUAUCUAUCCUUAUCUGAUGUCUCUAUUUUCUUCCCUGAAAAAAAAAAAAAACAAACAAACAAUUUUUAGGUAGCAUAAGGCCUAGAUCACAUGGCCCCUGAAGAGAUCCCUGCUUUUUUCUCUGAGUCACCAGGGAGCUUUCAGAGAACCUAUUCCUAAUUACCUUCCCCUUCCUCCACAGAAUCCACUUGAGGUCAAAAACUAUCCUGAAGCUGCAGCUAGAGAUGAAAAAUUAUGUUUGCAAUAUGUAGUUUGUUCCUCAUGGCUAGUUUUCUUUCAACUUUAAUGUGCCAAUGUUCCUCCUCAAAGGCUCUACACGUUUAUCAUAACUAGGAAACUAUGUACACUGUAGGUGAAAUGGUCUGUGUUUAACUAAACAUUUUUCCACCACAAGUUAAAGAAUUGCUUGAUUAUUUAGACCCUUGUUUUUAAAAUUCUGCUUCUAUUGCUGUGCGGGAAUACUUCCUUUGUUUUAUCCCCAGAGCAAACUAGCAUGGGAUAAUUACUUCUGUUACAAAAAUAGACAAUUUGGAAAUAUACUUAGCUUUUCUCAUUGGAGGCAAAAGAAAAACAAAACCAUUGUGCUCAGAUGGGAGAUGUCUACAGAAGCAGGAGAGGUGAUUCCUAGGCACAGAGCAUAGUGUCUUGGAAACCCUGCCCUGGAAGAAGAUUCUGGGUCAGCUGUUGAGAGACUAAAGGUUCAAGACACAAUGUCUCUCCCUGCCCCAUCCUUGGCGUACCUACCCAUUGUGGUCUGCUGGCUCUGUGCUUCUUCCCUGUCCCCUGUGACCUCACCUUGAGUGUCCUGGCAGCCCCCAUGUGAGUUCUUCCCUGCUUGUCCCCUCCUCGCCUGUGACAAACGUUUCUUGCUUUUUGCCUGUCAGACCCAAGCUGAAAAGGCUCUGACCUCACCUCACAGGCCAGGUUCAACACGUGGGGUGUUGUGCAUCUCAAGGGUAGUACACAACGCGGACCCCAACCAAAGACCCUCAUGCUGGGCUGCCUAGAGUCUGGCUUGCUAUACCUGCUAUGACUUGCCCCCCCCACCCCAUCCACCCCGCUUUCAAAGAGCCCCCAUCCCCAGAAGGAUGUGAGCAUGCUCACCUCCUGGCCUUUCUCCUCGCUGAAUCAUUUCUGCGGGAGGGAUGGACAGAGGGGAGAGGUUCCAGGAGAAGCGGGUUUUGCUCCUCACAGGAAGAGCAGGAGAGGCUAUUUGCUCUGCCCUUCCCCCUUCCUAAGUGUGAAGUGGGCUCCUGGCCAUCGCCCACUAGAUGGGUGUCCUCUCACCUUGCACCCCCCCCCCACCAGCAGUGGAGCUGCAGAUACCCUGUCUGGGCCCUGGGGGGGGGGCUCGGCCCCCACUCUCCCAUUUCACCUUCCCUCCCUUCUAGGUCACGCUCCUCAGUGGCUGGAAAAGAUGGCCGUGUCUUGCGCGCAAGCAGGCCCUCGGCACAUGCUUGAGAGACGCAGCAUCUGCCUGUUAGCAGUAAAAUCACCAGACGACAGCAGAGCUUUAAAUACAAGCAGGACCCUCCUGUACUCUCCAAUAUGAUUUUGUUCUUCUCUGGGGACAGACAACAGAUGCAUCCAGGACCCCUUAUGGAAAGAGGUCUACAUAUAGGGACAGCUUGAAUGCCAUAGCAAACCCAAAGAAACUUCUAGAAAUUUCUGAAAAUAUGCUUUGGUUAGCCUUUGGAUAGGA